UCCCAGAAGGCCCCGCGCAGGCCAAGAUGGCGGCGCCGCGAGCAGGGCGAGGCGGGUGAGAGCGAGGUCGGGACCCCCCCCCCCCCCCGUCGCCAUGGAGCCGCGCGCGCUGGGGCGCUGCGUCCUGCUCGCGCUCGGCGCCCUGGCCUGGAGCCUCAGGCUGGCAGGGGCGACGGCGUCGAGUGAGGCCAAGCGCUCAGUGAGCCCGCUGGUGGCCACGCCAUGCUGGCAAGCAGAAGACUUUGUCGUUGUUCUGGAUUGUGCCCCAUGCACGAACUUCCAAGCAAAGACGAUGCCCGAGUGCAGCACGACUGGCUUCAUCGAGCAAAUUAACUGCGCCGUGUCCAAGAAGGAGGAGUACAGGAGCUGCCGCUCCGUGGUGACGGAAGCACACAGCUUCUGGAAGUUCGAGGGGGCCAUGAUCUGUGUGGCUGUGGUCUUUGCCCUGUUGGUCAUGUGCCGUCAGAGGGUGCUGGACAGGAAAGCCCUGGAGAAAGUUCGCAAGCAGAUCGAGUCCAUUUAAUAUCUGUCGACCUCGCAGCAGCCCCGGUGCUGCCCACCUUCUCUCCUGUGCGGGGAACUGGGGCACGGAUGCUAAUCCCCUUUCCCGCUCCAGGGAGCUGCAGGAGGAGGAGACUGGCGUCAGAGACAGAUCUGCUGUGUCCUGGCAGAGAGCAGCUCUCUGACCGCUUGGGAGCGUGGUUCAGCCAACUCAGAGCCACGCCGAACGCCACUCGGCUUGCUCCUUGGAGACUCAGCAGCCGGCUGGGGGUUCCCCUCGGUCCAUCUCACCUGCCAUGAGGAGGGCUGGGGUCCCAUCUCUUCUUAGCCCCUUCUCUCCUGCCGUCAGUGCGCACGAGGAGUCCCUUUGUGACUGGCAGCUCCUGGUGGGAUAUGGGGCGUGUGCCCAGUGGGGGCUGCCACCUUGCAUCCCUCAGAAUUAACGCAGCCCCCCUCCUUCCGCAGGUUCUGAGACAGUAAACCCUGAGCCUGGAUGCAGGAGCUGCCUCUGGGCAGCCAGUGCCCAGCCCGGUGCAGUGAGGGAGGCUGUCGGUUAAUACAGGCCGCAGGCUGGGGGGGACUUGCUGUCUAGUUCCUGCCGGAGCGGAGCGUGACCCUGCCUGGCUGAGCGGCUCCUCCGUUCCCUCAGGGUGCCGUGUAGUCCCGGUCAGCUGGCUUGUCUGCUCAGGGAGUCCGGCCAGCCCUCUCCCUGCCCUGGGUGCACCCGUCCCAUGACCCCAGAGCAGCAGGCCAGGUCCUGGCACACGCUUCCCUGCUGCUCCGUGCUGGUGCCGGGGCUGGUCUCGGGGGCAGGAGGGGCUCGAAGCUUGUCCAGCCUGUUUGCAUUGAGCUUAGACCAGCCCCAUGGCUCUGCUUUAACGAGUGCCAGGAUCAGGGGAGAUGUGGGCACGGUGACCAGCACUGCCUGCCCGUGAUGCAGCCGCCUGCAGGGGAUGGGGGAGCUGCUCCCCCCGGCUGCCUGUGGGGUUGCCGGGAUCCCUGUGGUAGGAAACUGCUGGGCUGGCCACGCCACUGUCCUGGAGUGGUGCUGCCCCUGCCCGGGAGCCGUGUUGGGCUGAUGCUAUUACCCCUGCCAGCACAGCGCCUCCUGCAGGUGUGGAGGGAGCUCAGCCAGGCCUCUGGGCACCAAUGUGCCCUUCCUCCUAGGAACGCCCAGCUUAGCCGCUUCUCUCAUGUCCCCGUCACCCCGGUUCUAGGGCAGCAAGUCCCGGCCAAGCCAGCAUCUCUCCCAGCUGGGGGCCUGGAGCAACAGGCAGGGCAAAGAUUUGCCCUGGGGGCCUGGCGGUGUCCCCUGGGCUUAGGGCUUUGAUCAGUGUCCAGCUCCUGGGGUAAGUCCCAGUGCUGACUCCCGCUCCGCCGGCCCACUCUCCUGGGAACCACGUGUCUUGUCACACUGCGCCCUGCUGUGCAGGGGCCGGCUGGGUGCAUGGGAAGGGAUGGAGGAGAGGUCUCUGGUGCUGGUAAUGGGCAUCAGUCUGAGCUCAGUGGUCCGUGUUCCUGUCCCAUCCUGCGGGCAAUGAUCUGAGCAUGCCAGGGAGCCCAUGUCACAGCUGUCACUAAUUACCCCCUUCAAAGACCAGGGAGCCAUGCCCCCUGCAGGUGGGUUCCCUCCAGCGCUGGCUGGGACCAGCACCUCCUAAACUCCCUAGGGUAACGUUGAUUAAAGCGCUGAGUGUCGCCGGUCCCGGCUGCACCUCGGGAACGGCGAGGGGGGUGAAAGCUCCCAGCCGUGUUCUCUGGGCUGCCCGGGCUCACAGCAGGGUCGGGGCAGCCCUGCAGGGGGACAGAAGAGACUGACAUGGAUGUUUAGGAACUUCCCAGCAGCCUGCUUGUUCCUGUCCCAGCCAGAGCGAGCUGGGCUGGGGUCUGGAGCGCCAUUUAAACAUCCCUCCCCCCAUGAGCUGGCCUGUCUCCGGGUGUUACCGGCCGGUGCAUGGAAGGGGCAGCGGGCCAAGCCCUCCCUCGGGCGCCCCAAACAUCGGCAGGGAGGGGAGCGUGGGCGCCGCUGGAGUUGAGAUUCAGGCUUGUCUCCUGGGGCUGCCCUUGUGCUGAGGGAGGUUCUGUGUCAUUGCUCCAGGGGGGCAUGUCCUCCCACGCGCCCAGCUGCUCCCUCCCCUCGCUGGAGAGCAGCCCCGUGCACUGCUGUACAGCACCCUCCAACCUCCCCCUAGCAGAGCGCCCCACAACCGUCCCCCGGUGCAGCUAGCGUCGCUCCCUGUGGGACUGGCCCAGGAAGGCGCCCAACCGGCCCCACAGAGCUCCUGCUGCUCCCCAUAAGGGGAGAGUCACAGCUCCCUCCCCCGCUCUGGUACCUGCAGCCCUCCUGUUCCGGUCCCCUUAGUGCUUCCGGGGCCGAGCCCUGGGCUCAGUUGCUCCAUGGGGCUGAGGCGACUGACCCUUGGUGCCAGGCUGCACAGGUGGUGACCUGGGACCCAGUGCUGCCAGGGGGUCUCUGGGGCAGACCCUCACCCAGGCCUGGCGGUUCCCAAGAACAGGCUGGCUCGAAUCCUCCCCUCUGCUCUCCCUCCAGUCUAGUCCCGCUGAGGUCUCGGGUCGCUGGGGGGUGUCACCUGCCCGCUAGACAGAAGCUGCAGGUGGCCACGCUUGGCUCAGCUCGAACGGUUGGGGUUUAUUUUUUUUAAAAGGCUUUUACAAAACCAAAUGGAACCAGGAAUGUCAUUAAAAAUCCUUUCAAAGCA